UUGAGAGAACUAAAUUUUUAAAAAAUAUUCUUCAAGUUUCAAAUUCAUUCUAUUACUUGAUCAUCUCCUCUGUUUUUAUUUUUCCCAAACUACCCUUUUGUUAAACAAGUUGAUCAAUUAUGAGACUAUCCAUGCCUUUUUGCCCACAAACACUUCAUCAUCAUCAUCAACAUCAGAACAUUCUAGACAUUUCUGUUAAUCCAAUAUGGCAGAAACCAAAGGUUGUGAUUCUGAUGGGCGCCACCGGAACCGGCAAGUCUCGACUUUCGCUAGACUUGGCAACUCAAUUCCCAUCAGAAAUCAUAAAUUCUGAUAAAAUGCAACUCUACAGAGGUCUUGAUAUUACUACAAAUAAAAUUACUGAAGAACAAAGAUCGGGAAUUCCUCACCACCUUUUAGGAAUACUUGACCCUAGUUCAGAUUUCACAGCUAAAGAUUUCUGUAACAUGGCUUCACUUGCUAUUGGAUCGAUUUCGACUCGCGGGUUGCUUCCAAUUAUCGUUGGAGGCUCAAAUUCUUACAUUGAGGCCUUGGUUGAUGAUCCAGAUUACAGGUUUAGGUCAAAAUACGACUGUUAUUUUCUCUGGAUUGAUGUUUCAGCUAAUAUACUACAGAGUUUCCUGUCGAAACGAGUCGACGAAAUGGUUAGCAAAGGAAUGGUUGAUGAAGUGAGAAAAAUGUUUGAUCCUGACGCAGAUUACUCCAAAGGUAUCAGGAGAUCGAUCGGAGUUCCUGAGUUCGACGAGUACUUCAAAUUAUUAUCUGAAACAUAUUCUGACGAAGGACACGGAGCCAGAGUACUUCAGGAAGCGAUCAAUGAAGUUAAACGUAAUAAUUGUAAGUUAGCUCGUCGUCAAUUGGGAAAAAUUCGGAGGCUGAAGAACGUAAAAGGAUGGAAUAUUCAUCGGAUCGAUGCGAAUGAAGUGUUCCGGAAGCAUGGAAAAGAAGCUGAUGGUGCUUGGAAGAAGCUUGUAGAAAGACCGAGCAUUGCCAUGGUUAGGCAGUUUCUUUACAGUUCGAGUCCUGCUGAUAGUUCUCAGGUUGCUGUUACUUCAGGAGCAACCAAAGAUUACUUGGCAGAAUGUUUUGUCACUUAAAAAGAAGAAGAAAAAAAAGACGAACAAAUAAUCAUUCCGGUCUUCAAAUUUAUGCGCUAUGUUCAAUUAACUCAGACUUAAUCAUUUUAAUCCAGGAAUGACAAUAUUUUCUAUUUUUAGGUCAACGAACUCUCAAAUUGUAUAAAAUGAACGAGUUCUGAAACCGCAAUGACCCAAUUUGAAACUCAAUUGACUUUAAAAUAGAAAAUAUCAUCCUUAAUAGAUUAAGUCAGAUAUUUUUGAAAUAAUUGAUCCUGAUAAUAAAUUUAGGGACCACGAUAAUCAUUUGUUGGGAGAAACCUGUAAUAUGCUGUGUUUGACACAUUUUGAUCAAUCAGUAACUACAGUAAUUCCUCUCAGUUCGUGUGUCACUGUCCUGGUAUGCCACUGAUUAGGUAGUGUAAGGGUAAAACGGAUGUUUAAACUAAAUUCAG